UCUGACUGAUUACAUGAUUGAGUGCCUAUCGAUAAGAGAUUCCAUUUCCCAUACAGCACCACAUCAGUUUCCGCUCGAUCAUCUAUAUCAUCGGGUUCCAUCGCCUAAGCGAUCGAAUGCUUCUCUCCCUUCGCUCCUCUCUUUCCAGAAACAUAAUCGGCCAAAGCCGUCAUCUUCCUACCAUCUCAUUCUCUGUAACAUCAUCGCGUAUCCGCAACAUGAGUUCUCAAGCAGCAACAUCAUCAGCAACCGUAGCAGUCUGCCAGCUUCGUUCUACGAGUGAUCCUGUACACAAUCUUAAGAUCUCAGAAAAGGUGAUUAGGAACGCCGUCGCCGCAGGUGCUAAAGCUUGCUUCUUGCCUGAAGCAUCGGAUUUUAUCAACCCGUCCAAGACCGAGUCGCGCAAGUUUUCGCACCCACUACCAAAGCACGAAUACACCAUUGGGCUGCAAAGGCUGGCUAAAGAACUAGGCAUAGUCAUUUCUGUGGGAGUACAUGAAGGACCAGAAGACGAGAGCGAAGAACGAGUGUAUAAUACUCAUGUGUUGAUUGGGAAAGAUGGUGGUAUUCUUGCUAGCUACAGAAAAAUUCACUUGUUUGACGUUGAGUUAUCAAAACCUCCUGCGCCUGACGGCACCCCUCGCCCACCCCAGCGCACGGGCGAGUCCGAACGUAUUCUUGCUGGACAAGCUGUCACGCCUCCCGUAGAGGUAGAGGGUAUUGGAAAUAUUGGAUUAGAAAUCUGCUACGAUAUCAGGUUCCCGGAGUUAUCCAUCAUCUUGACCAGGUUGGGAGCAGAAGUGCUCUUGUUCCCUUCAGCAUUUACUGUCAAAACGGGACGUGAUCAUUGGGGAACCCUCUGUCGUGCGACAGCUAUUCAGUACCAAUCAUAUCUCAUCGCCUCUGCUCAAUAUGGAGCUCACAACUCUAAGCGUACAUCAUGGGGUGAAACUCUUGCUUUUGACCCGUGGGGUCGUCAGCUCGGUCGUCUCCGUAGUGUGGACGAUACGCCCCCUCCCAAAGAGGGCGAAGAAGGUGACAAGGGUGUGGAGAAACUGUAUGAGGACAGUGGGGAAUUCUUCCUCUGCGAGAUAGACGGUACUAAAGUAAAGGAGACGAGGGGGCAAAUUCCCUUGGCGAUCCAAAAGAGAUCAGAUAUUUAUGGGGUUGUGGGCGAGGGCGCUUAGAUGUUAUAGAUGGAUGGUAAAGUUAAUGCCAUGCUGUGGAAUGU